CCCAAAUCUGACCUGGCAUGAUCUACAGCACAUCGUUGUUCACGGAUCCCACAUUCCCAAUGUGGAAGAGUCUGGCUGGCACAUUAACGGCGCUGGCUUCCACACCAAUGAGAAGUUUGGAUUUGGGAUGCUGGAUGCCGGCAAGAUGGUAGAGCUGGCUCUGACUUGGAGACUAGUCGGACCUCAGCAGACGUACUCGACCACAACGUCAAGAUAUCAUAAAGGAAAACCCAGCCGUGAACCCUGAUCUUUCAGGACAUAUUGAAGACAACGUGGUCGUUGACCUUUAUAACAAAGAGCAGCUAGAUGAUGAAGAGAUCGUUAUUGACAAGGAUAAUUUAGCCAAAGAAGUAGAAGAACCUCCAAAUACAAAACACAACUUGGACGAUGAGGAGGAUAUCGACACUGGAGAAUUUGAUGGGAUCUUGAAGGAUCCUCAGGUUCGAGCUAUAUACAUCAGCAAGAGAGCCGAGAUGAGGCGAAGGUUCGAAGAGCGAAAGGAGACGAGGAGGAACGAGUUUGACGACCUGAUGACCAAUAGGGGCCAAGAGGAGAGGUCACAUGAUCAAGAGAUCAGGUCACAUGGUCAGGAAUUCAAAGUGCACGGAUGCAAUGGUCGUCUACAAAAAACAGACGAGGGCGAUGGACGCAGACGAACUGGUCAAGAUUGAAGAUACCUCCUCAAGUGAGGAUGAAGACCGACCGGCAACGAGUAGAAAGCGGACAGCGGAGUUUGGUUCACCUCCUGCUAAGCGGAUUCGAAGCCUCGCUAGCUACGACACCAAAGCUUGGAUCAAACAAUGUAAAGAACUUACUCAAAUGCUGUGGAAUUGUCAAGACUCUGAGCCCUUCCGUUACUCAGUUGAUGAAAUGCUUUAUCCGGAGGAUAUCGACACUGGAGAAUUUGAUGGGAUCUUGAAGGAUCCUCAGGUUCGAGCUAUAUACAUCAGCAAGAGAGCCGAGAUGAGGCGAAGGUUCGAAGAGCGAAAGGAGACGAGGAGGAACGAGUUUGACGACCUGAUGACCAAUAGGGGCCAAGAGGAGAGGUCACAUGAUCAAGAGAUCAGGUCACAUGGUCAGGUGAGGUCACAUGAGCUGGAUGAGUUGAGGAAGGAUACGAUUAAGGAAUCGCAACGACUACUGAAGGAAAGAGAUAUACGAUACUAGAUUUUAAUGGAAUGGGGAACUUUGGGACACUACAGACACCAGGUCAUCUUUUUUCCCUUGGUUUUUCUUUUACUUUGUUCUGAGUAUGCCCACAAUUUUUUAGAACUAUAAUUGUCUACUGCCACUUAGUCCAACCAACUGACGUAUUGACUUUGAAGAUGACCUGUCGUCGAUUUCACUAAACUCUUCCUAACUUAGGAUUAAUCCUAGGACUUCGGACGAAUUAAGUUCGGCAUCCAUAGAUGAUUUGACACAUUGAACCCAUUCUAAGUUAGGACGAGUUACUCGUCCUAACUCGCGAUUAAUCUUUGUACUUCGAGCCUAGAGCGGCUGCAAAUGGCCGCAAUAUUUGACAAAAUUUUGCAAAAAAAAAGCGUUUUCCAAACAUGCAUCUCAACACCAAUCAGCACAAAUUUUCUAUCUGUUCAUUUACGAAGAAGAGACAGAUGGCAAGUCUACUGCAGUUGAGCUACAGACAUUGAGGGCGCUAUCUUGUGGAGCCAGAAGUCUUUCCUGGUGUCACAUUGGUAACCGCCUCUGUGUAUUGAUAAAGUAUUCACGGAUUACUUAAUCAGAGUACCAGUCACACUGAGUUGUGGCUCGUUGUUUACUUACAAUAAUAACAGAUCUAUGUUGAAGUAACUCUUAUAAUAAUAAUAAUAAUAAUAGGUUCUUAUGUAGUGCUUUAUCACGUUCUUAGGGACGCAUCAAAGCGCUCAGUAUUUUGUUCCUGCAAGGUAUGUGGAGCUACGUUUUGAAGUAUGUGACCUCAUCUCUUACAUAGCACCAUCAAUUCCCUUACAUAGAACUGUGUAGUGGUUUACAAGGUGAAAAUUGUCCCAAAGAAAAGAGUGUUUCAUGUACCUGGAUUUUGUCAUUUGUUUAAAUGUGAUUUGCAAUUUUUGUCUUUUUAGGUCUUGGAUGAAGA